AUGGAGCCCUCGAGCUCGCGCGAGCCACCAUGGGCAGAGCAUGAAAAGGUAUAUUUACUUGCUGAAGUACUAAAAGCGGCCCCCAUACCAUCUCACGUUCUCUUUCAAUUUAUACGCGACGCCAACAUCCAACCACGAUGGAACGACAUGGCUUUACCUCCAGGCCGAUCGAUUACCGACGCCCUCAGCUACCUGCCCCAAUGGUGUAUCCUGCGCCCGACCUCUCGAGAAAACGACCCCAUCAGCAAGAAGCCUCCACGCCCAUUGGCCGCCUACUACAACCUCGACCCCCCCAUUCCUACCCUGGAGAUUUUAUGCCUGCCGGCCCUGCCUACACAUCUACUAUAA